CGACGAGCCGCCUCGGCCAGGCGUAGCCCGCAGCGGUUGCCAUGGAGACGCGGCCCGCGGCUGCGGGCGGGAGGACGUGAAGGUUGGCGGGUACGGGUAACGGAUUUAUUCCAGUGCUACAAAUGGAGAAAGAAUGGAAAGAGCUCCUUCAGUGGAAAGAGAAAGAAAGGAAAGAGCGACAUAACUGGCAGUUCCCUGCUCAAAAGGAGAUGCUAGACAUUGCUGUAAAGCAACUGCAUGACAUGCAUGAAAAUUACAACAAACUAAAAGAAGACUUUGUCUAUAACCUCAGAAUUUUGGAAGAAAGAGAUAAAGAGUUGGAAUCCUAUGAUGUCACAUUCAGUCAUCUGAAAACGUCUGAAAAUGCUAAGCAGGCAGAGAUUAGCAACCUUAAAAUACAGCUGGAUAAACUGGAGCAACUUCUUGUCAAGGAAAGAAGGAAAAGAGCUGAACUUCAUUAUCACUAUCAACAAAACCUCGCAGAACACAGGUUAGAGCUGGAACAGUUUUGCAGGUCAAAGAGCGGUCACACAAAUCAUCAACAUGAGGGGUGUGUGAGCCUGAGACAUCACAUGGAGAGGAAACUCCAGGAGCUGCAAGGAGAGCUCGCUUGUCAGAAACAGGUGAAACUGCUGACCAGAGAACUUGAGGCCCUCAGAGAGACUGGAAUGAAAGCAUCAGAAUCACCACUAGCAGCAGAAUUGGUUAAUUUGCAACUGGAGAAAGAGGAUGAGUACAAGAAUUAGGAAUUAAAUGAUUCUGUAGCUGUGAGAAAUGCCUGGGAGAAAGAGGCAUCUCAUGCUGAUAAGAAAAAGGAUGCAUUGUCAGCUUCAUUGGAAGAAGCUCUGACCAAACAGUUUAAAAAGCUGAAGAAACAGAUCAGAGAACUACAGAUGAGACAGAAAAGUCUGGAAGUGAAGCUGCACAGGAAAGAAAGGAAUCACAGUGCUUGUGUAAGAGAGAAAGAUGCCCUUAUUAAAAAGUAUAAACAACAACUGUCAGUGGCAGCUGAGCAAGAACAGCUUCUGGAACAGAGUAAAACCCACGCAGAACUGGACUGGCAGCUCUGUGGGAAUGCUGAAAAUCACCAGGAUCAGAAAUCAGAGGAACUAACUCCAAGUGUGUCUUUAGCACGAGAGCAGGCUGAAGUGGGUCUACAGAAGACUGAUUACGGCUUGCAUGAAGUGGAGUCUGCUCCUUCUGCUUUCCCUGUUAAGAGACAACAGUUCAUACAGUCACCAUUGUCAAAUUGUGGUGUCCUUCCUGAAGGAGAGCAGCAGACGUUUCAAUCUGAUGAUAAAAGUUACCUCAGGAAAGAUAUUCCUGGCUCGGAGAUACAAAAGCUGCAGCAGCAAAAUGCCAACCUGCGGGCUGUUAUUGCACAGAUGAGGAAAGAAAUGGAGAGCCUCGAUGAGCAAACAGCAUCCUCAGUGCCUCGGGGAGAGCAAAGUGCCCCUGGCCACACUGCAGGCAUCCCACCACUCACUGCUGCUGUCCUGAUGGGAAGGGCUGAAGGUUCACUCUGCACAGACCAAGUUUCAGGGAGAACCGUGUCGAGUGAUAUGAAUGUCAGCUCAGCUAGCUUGGGCUGUGUGUUAAACCCAGGCACAGAAAAGGGGUCAAAUAACAGAGUUAUGGGCAAAGAGGUGAUAGAUUUUGGCUCUGCCUCAGAUAACUGUUGUCCUGGUGGUGGUAUUCAGCAUGGUGUCAGCUGCACGCCGCAAGGAACACCAAAUAAACAGAAGGAAGCAGUGAGAACAAUGUCAGUUCUGAGCCAAGAGAAGCAGCAGCUGAUUGAAAUGGCAAACAGACUCAGGACAGAUCUUGGAAUGAUAUUAAAGGAAGGACUUGGGCAUCCUGUUAGCCCAAAGCUCUGCACAGUUUGUAUAGGCUCUGGUGGCCUUUCUCCAAAACAACUUGUCAAAAGAACACAGUGUCAGCUUUCAGCUUUAAGGCAUCUGCAACACAAGCUCAUUACAAAGGAGCUGCAAUGUGCAAAGCAACAGCAUCUCUCCAGGAUCUCUUCUUUAAUUGCCUGCCCCAUCUUAAAGGGAGAAAAAGCUCCAAGCAGCUGUGGAGAAGAAACAGAACUGCUGUCUGCUGAGGUUCAGCUCAAUUCCUCAGCUGGAAAUUAUGGGCCAAAGCAACAAAAGGCGGCUGCUGUACCCUCAAAGGUUCAAAGUCAGCCACCCAAGGAGAGCCCUGGUCAAGCCCAGCAGGUCUGGAUUUCUUCAUCUGGAGCACACAGUCCGUGCCAAGUGGAAUUUGAAAUCAUGCAUUCAACCGAGCGAGCUGGAAAACGUCAGGAGCACAGCAGUGCCACGAGUCAGCCUGAAAUGCCCACAGCACGUCUGGCAGUCAGAGGUACCAAGCUGGAGGUUCAGCAGAAGCUAAAAUCCAGGAGUUCACCUUGCACAUACCCCAUAAAACAAAAAAUCUCUCCUACCGUGGCAAAAAUCCGCAACUACAAUAUCAAAGACUGAUUUACUUGUUGCAAGUCCUGUGUCAGCUAUUCGGUCGCGUUAAGAUAUGUAAAUGUGAUCUAAAUAUUGCCUUGGUGUUCAUUUUUGUGUGUCAGGUUGGGGUGUUUGAGGUCAGAAGAGAAAACAAGUACUUUGUCCCGUGCUGUCAGCCGACAUAAGGGGUUAAUCUGCACAAGUGCUGAGAUUAUAGUCUUCACUGUUAAUACAGGUUUAUUUUAAUUA